ACGUGCUCGCUGCCGGCCGGCCAAGAUGGCAGCGUCCUGCGUGGCGCUGCUGGCUUUGCUGCUGUUGCUGUCCGUGCUGCUGGUGGGUCUGUGGAAGCGUGGGCGGCAGGCCGGCAGGGCACGACAUGUGGUCGUUGUGGUGCUGGGCGACGUGGGCCGCAGCCCCCGCAUGCAGUACCACGCGCUGUCAUUGGCCCAGAGCGGCUUUUCGGUGACGCUGCUGGGGUUCUACAACUCCAAACCUCGAGAUGAGCUCUUGCAGAGUGAUAGGAUUCAGAUUGUGAAGUUGACAGAUCUGCGGGGUCUGGGAGCUGGGCCCCGAAUUCUCCAGUAUGGAGUCAAAGUUGUAUUUCAGGCAGUGUACUUGCUAUGGAAGAUGAUGCGUACGGACCCUGCGGCCUACAUCUUCCUCCAGAACCCUCCAGGUCUGCCUGCUAUUGCCGUCUGCUGGUUUGUGUGCUGCAUUUGUGGGAGCAAACUGGUCAUCGACUGGCACAACUAUGGCUACUCCAUCAUGGGCUUGGUCCACGGCCCCCGCCACCCCAUUGUGCUGCUGGCCAAAUGGUAUGAGAAGUUCUUUGGGCGCCUAUCCCACCUGAACCUGUGUGUGACCCAUGCGAUGCGGGAGGACCUGGCAGAGAACUGGUGUCUCAGGGCUGUGACUCUCUACGACAAGCCAGCAUCUUUCUUUAAGGAGACACCCCUGGACCUGCAGCAUGAACUCUUCAUGAAGCUGAGCCGCACAUACUCUCCUUUCCAGAGCUGCUCAGAGCCCUCAGACCCUGACACGGAGAGGUCGGCCUUCACUGAGAGGGACAGUCAGAGCAGGGUUGUGAGGCGUCUGCAUGGGCGGCCAGCACUGCUCGUGAGCAGCACUAGCUGGACAGAGGACGAGGACUUCUCUAUCCUGCUGCGAGCAUUAGAAAAGUUUGAGCAACAAGCACUCAGUGGAGACAGCCUUCCUUCCGUCGUCUGUGUGAUAACAGGGAAAGGGCCGCUCAGAGAGCACUACCGCCACCUCAUCAGCCAGAAGCACCUUCAGCAUGUCCAGUUCUGCACCCCAUGGCUGGAAGCCGAGGACUACCCACUGCUUCUAGGGUCAGCGGAUCUGGGUGUCUGUCUACACAUGUCCUCCAGUGGUCUGGACCUGCCCAUGAAGGUGGUGGACAUGUUUGGGUGCUACUUGCCUGUGUGUGCUGUGAACUUCAAGUGUCUGCAUGAGCUCGUGAGACAUGGAGAGAAUGGCCUGGUCUUCAAGGACGCUGAGGAACUGGCCACUCAGCUACAGAUGCUUUUCUCAAAGUUUCCCGACCCUGCUGGGAAGCUGAGCCAGUUCCGGAAGAGACUCCAGGAGUCAGAGCAGCUACGAUGGGAUGAGAGCUGGCAGCAGACUGUGCUGCCGUUGUUGGUCACUCACAAAUGACCUCCAGGCCCAGAGGGUAGGCCCCAUCCAUCCUGUGCCCACCCUUCCUGCCAGGGCUCUUGAGUGCCCCCUAGUGGUCAGAAGCCUGAGGACGGCAGUGGUUACACCCAGGAAAAGAAUCAUCCAGCAUCUGAGAAGCUCUUCCGAACUGAGGACUUUUGUUACUUCCGGUGACCCUGCCAACCAACUUCUUCAUCCUGGGUUUUUGUUUCUGGACUCUUCACAUUCCUUGUAUUCUGGUUCUGCUGGCUGCUGUGAGCUCUGGGAUAUCCUGUGUUCACCCGGCUUAGCUGAGCAAGGCUGAGCUGACAGGACAGUCAUAGUUAAUAAAUUUACAUAUUUAUUUGUACAGUGGAA